GUUUAACCAUUUUUGUUUGUUUCUGAAUUACAUGAUCACUCUUUCUUAUCAAAAUAUAUUUUUAUUAUUUUUUCAAAAAGGAAGGACUUUCAAUGAGUGAGCAAACACCGUUAUUGCAAAAUGCUAUACAUUCAUCUUGCAAAGGACAAUUGCAAAAGACAGCCUGCUGUUCAUUCAAAGUCGAUCUAGGUCAAGCUGCUGCCCCUAAGAAAAGAAGCCGUUGCAACGAGCUCCCCAUAGACAGGGACGACGAUUUUUGCUACCUAUCAGAGCAAAAAUGGAAAUAUAAACUGAUCGCUCUUGCCUGUGCUUUAUUUUUAGCUGUUGGUAGCCAUUUCGCUGCUCAUACUUUAGGCGCCAUGAAAAAUACGAUAAAAAAAGAAUUCGACAUUACCAAUUCUCAAUACGGUGUCAUUCAAUCCAGUGUUGCUAUUGUUAAUACUGUACUACCUGUCAUUGGCGGAAUCUUCAUUGAUGCUUUUGGCACAAUUCCUGGUGCAUUAAUAACAACUUUAUUAAUCACAUCUGGUAACAUUCUUGUUGCCAUAUCAGCCUCAUCCAAAAGCCUUUAUAUCAUGAUUUUUGGUCGUAUUUUAUAUGGUAUCGGAAGCGGUACAGUUGUUAUAGUACAGGAAACCAUACUAAGUCAAUGGUUUAGAGGAAGGAGUCUUGCUGCUGUUAUUGCGCUCAUGUUGACUGUCAGUAGAUUGGCUUCCUUUUGUGCCCAAGCAACAGUCGUUCCUAUCGCCAAUUGGACUGGCUGGUAUGGAUACGGAUUAUGGUUUUCUGCCUUGUUAUGCGUGUUUUCCAUGGUGAUCACAUUGAUCUAUAUUGCGCUUCUUAAAGCCGUGUCAAAAAAUACUGUCCAAUGUCGUAAACAAACCGAAGUGAUCAAACGUAAAAAGUCUUUUAGUUGGCAUAAGUUGAUGUAUCUGCCCCACUCAUUUUGGCUAAUCGCAUCCAUGGAGUUUCUACUGGGUGGUGGAUGGGGUUGUUUUUUGCAUAUCAACAGUGAAUAUGUCAAAUUUAAAUUCUCGUAUAACGAUUCUAAAGCUGCUGCAACUGCCAGUGUUGCCCAGAUUUUACCUGUCGUCUUAAUGCCAUUUUUAGGCGUUUUCGUUGAUCGCCAUGGGAAGCGCACUUGGUUAAUGAUCGGUAGCGGGUUAUCCAUGCUAUUUUCUAUGAUCCUUUUAGAAUUCACACAGGUUCUUCCCAUUUUUGGAAUGCUUUUGUUCAGUAUCAGUUUAUCUCUUGGACCAGUCGCACUUGUUUCAUCUGUUCCUUUAAUCUUGCCACUGUCGCUUGUCGGAACUGGAAUGGGGUUAAUUAAAUCCGGCACUAAUAUUGGGGCUGCUCUAUUUGAUAUUGCUACGGGAUUGUUACAGGAUGCAGAUCCUCAUAAAGGAUAUGACGGCGUGAUUGUUUUCUUUAUAAUGGUAUCGUGUGUGGCCAUUUUCUCUGGUGUGGUUCUCAAUAUACUUGACUAUUCAAUUUACAAUGGUAUACUUGAUGCCGGAGGUCGCAAAAAGAUUCGACCAUGUGAAAGCAAGCUAAACAACCGAGUUUCUUUAAACCCGUUGAAAGCAAACUACUUUUAUGGAUCAAUUUAUUUCUUGCUGGCUUGCACCAGUUGGAUCAUGUUCUUUCGAUUUAUUAUGGCUUAACAUCUUAUACCUUCCCAAUACUGUAAAUUUAUACACCCCAUCCCCCCCCCAUUUUCUUCUUUUUAACCAAACGUUAAAAGACACCCUGUACAUAACUUACCUCUUUACCCGCUACGUAUAUCACUGCAAUAAUGUACUACAAUCACUAAAUUUUCAAAAUUAAAAUGCCUAUUUUUAAAAAUUAA